AUGGCUCUAAGUGUUUAUCUUUUGCAGUUGGUGGCUUUCUUGGAUUUAUUGGCAGUAGGGCUUAUAGUUCCCCUCGUGCCAAAUCAUGUUCGGCAGUUAGGAGGGAAUCAUAUAUACAUUGGCUUGCUUGGUUCAAUUUAUUCUGGAUUUCAGUUAGGGUCAGGUCCUCUUAUAGGCAGUUUAAGUGAUCUCAAAGGCCGUAGGAUGAUAUUGAUGCUGACAUUGUUGAUGUGCGCAGGAGCAUACAUAAUUUUAGGACUGACUACCUCAAUUGCAGUUAUUCUAAUUUUGAGGGCAAUAUUAGGUUUAUUUAAACAAACACAGAUGUUAACUAAGGCACUUGUGCCAGAUUAUGAAAGUGAUCAAGUUAAGCAAUCAGUUAUAUAUGGAAAAAUGGCAGCCAUAUCAGGCAUUGGUAUUACUUUGGGUCCCGUGAUCGGAGGACACAUUGCAGAGGACCACCCAGACUUUGGUUUUUUAUAUAUUGCCAUUAUUGUUACUGCAUGUUUUAUUGCUAAUGCAGGAAUUGUAUAUUUUCUUCCAACAAACAAAGAAAAGGAAACAACAAAAGAAGCAAAAAGUAAAAAGAAACCCUCAAGUAUAUGGCAGAAAAUAGUUACUAGUAGUAAACAAUCUGUAUUGGAGUUGUCAAAGAUACCAUGUUACCCAUUUUUAAAGCAGUUCAGUCCUUUA